AUGUAUGUAUAUUGUGCAUACGCCUUCGCCGCACUGUGCCGGACUGCCGAGGCGAGCGAAGGAAUCACCACUUAUAUUUAUAACCUCCGAUCGAGACGUCCGAUAAUACCGUCUCUUUCUAGAGUAAUCUACACUCGUACGCUGCUUGUUAGCAUCUUAAAAGGUAUAAAUAUUCGUUUUAUCUGCAAUAAAAUUCAUUCCAGUUUCAACCUCACUCGUAGUUUCAUUAAUCUCUGCACCAUAACCGCUACAUCUGGUGACCCCGACCAAGAAGCUGAACUCGUAGGAAACAUUAUGGAAGAAAAAAAGCAAGAAGAAAUUAUCAGCGGCGAAAAUAUAAGCGCAAUCUCUGUACAGUCAAGACUACUACCGUUUUGGCGCGAAUAUCCCAGAGCCUGGUUUAUUCAAUUCGAAGCCGUCGUCGACCCGCUUAAGACAUCCGAUGACCAAAAGUUUCGCUACGUUCUGCAACAACUUCAAUCUAGCGACCUCCAACAUCUCACUGAUAUUUUAUAUCAGCCACCCGCCGUUGAUAAAUACCAAGCAGUGAAGACACGACUACUUGCCGCCUACGAAAAAUCCGACGUCAAGAAUUUUCAAAAACUCAUCAGUGGUCUGGAACUCGGAGACCAGAAACCUUCGCAACUCUUAAGAAAAAUGCGAGAAUUGAGUAGCGGCAUGGUAACAGAUGAAGGACUUAGAAUCGAAUGGUUGAAUCAACUGCCUACUCAAGUCCGUGUCGUACUAUCGGUGAACACGGAGGCUGCCUUAGACACACUCGCCGCGAUGGCCGACAAAAUGUUAGAGUACACUGAACGUCCCAGCAUCUCCGCAGUGUCAUCUUCGAGCGCAACAACCUCUUCUACACAAUAUGAAGCAUUAGCGAAGCAAAUCGAAAAUCUUACCCUCGAAGUUGCUGAACUACGACGUGGUCGUGCUCCGUAUCGCCAAUAUCGCCGUCCCUUUCACUCACGCUCACGCUCGCAUUCGAGAUUACGCAAGACCUCAAAAGUAAAGCCGGGAGAUGCUACAUGGGAAUGCAAGUAUCACUUCCGAUUCGGUGAUAAAGCGAAGCGCUGCGUUUCUCCGUGUUGCAGAAGAAAUAAGAAGUCGGAAAACUAA